AUGAAUACUAACGUUCCAAUAUUCAGUUCUCCAAUCAAGGAUUUAUCAAGAUCAUUCGAACAAAAACGUAUAGCAGUUGUAGAUGCAUUUUAUCACGCAUAUCAUGUCAAACCUGAUUUUAUCGCUAGGUCGCCCGGUAGAGUAAAUUUGAUUGGCGAGCAUAUAGAUUAUUGUGACUUUUCAGUUUUGCCAUUAGCCAUUGAUGUCGAUAUGCUUUGCGCAGUUAAAAUAUUGGACGAAAAAAAUCCGUCCAUUACCUUAACAAACGCGGACGCUAGAUUUGCACAGCGAAAGUUUGAUCUCCCUUUAGAUGGUUCCUACAUGGCCAUAGAUCCAUCCGUGUCGGAAUGGUCUAAUUACUUUAAGUGCGGACUACAUGUGGCACAUUCGUACUUAAAGAAAAUCGCUCCGGAAAGAUUUAAUAAUACACCAUUAGUAGGUGCACAGGUCUUUUGCCAAAGUGACGUCCCUACUGGUGGUGGACUCUCAUCUGCAUUUACUUGCGCGGUAGCACUAGCCACAAUUAGGGCCAAUAUGGGAAAAAAUUUCAAUAUUUCCAAAAAAGAUUUGACUCGUAUUACAGCGGUUGCUGAACACUACGUCGGAGUCAAUAAUGGUGGUAUGGAUCAAGCGACAUCUGUUUAUGGGGAAGAAGAUCAUGCGUUGUAUGUAGAGUUUAGGCCAGAACUAAAGGCCACACCUUUUAAGUUUCCUCGACUGAAAACUCAUGAAAUCAGUUUCGUCAUUGCUAAUACCCUUGUAAAAUCCAAUAAAUUCGAAAGCGCUCCCACAAAUUACAAUUUGAGAGUGAUAGAGGUGACAGUUGCUGCCAAUGCGUUGGCGACUAGAUAUAGUGUGGCCUUACCUUCUCACAAGGACAACUCUAACUCAGAAAGAGGAAAUCUAAGAGAUUUUAUGGAUGCUUACUACGCCAGAUACGAAAAUCAAGCCCAACCAUGGAAUGGCGAUAUCGGAACUGGUAUUGAACGUUUGAUUAAGAUGCUAAAAUUGGUCGAAGAAUCCUUUUCAGGGAAAAAAAUUGGGUUUACUGUAGAUGAAGCUUCUUCAGCGUUAAAUUGUUCGCGUGAGGAGUUCACUAGAGACUACUUGACAAUUUUUCCCGUUCGCUUCCAAGUCCUGAAACUAUAUCAAAGAGCUAAACACGUUUACUCCGAGUCCUUGAGAGUCCUUAGGGCCUUAAAGAUGAUGACAAGUGCCACGUUUCACACGGACGAAGAUUUCUUUACAGAUUUUGGUCGACUAAUGAAUGAUUCCCAGGCUUCUUGUGACAAACUUUAUGAAUGUUCGUGCAUAGAAACCAAUAAAAUAUGCUCCAUUGCCCUAGCCAAUGGUUCUUUCGGCUCCCGCCUGACUGGUGCUGGUUGGGGCGGUUGCACUGUUCACCUUGUUCCUAGUGGCGCUAACGGAAACGUGGAACAGGUACGAAAGGCGCUAAUCGAGAAAUUUUACAAUGUCAGAUACCCGGAUCUCACCGAUGAAGAACUAAAAGAUGCAAUUAUUGUUUCCAGACCAGCCUUGGGCACUUGUUUGUACGAACUAUAA